ACCUGAUGAGGCAAAAAUGAUGAGGUGAAUGCGACACGAACAAGUGUUUGUUCAGGCUGUUGAUCCGUGAGUAAUUACGUCCGCAUGUGGGAGGAAGCACACGAAUUUUAUUUUUUCUGGUGAGUUCAGUGAACACAGUUCUCAGGAAAGACUUCUCUAAUCGCUUGGUUCCUCUUUUCCUUUCCUUCCCGUUUCUUUCCUCCAGGCUUUGAGUUCCCGCUUCUGUACGUUUGCCAGCGCCUGUCUCAGCUGUGGCUCCCACCGCGCUGAUCCCGAGGACGGGGCCUCUGCGGACGGCGUGGCCCCCACGUCGCAGUUCCGGUUCUCACGAGAUCCCGGUCGGGGUACUCACAUGUUUGCUGCCCCUGCUCGCACCAAGUUGAGUGACAGGAAAGAGAUAAUUUAUCACCAUGUUUGGUUCUCAUUUAUAAGAGGUUUUAAGGAAGCGAUGAAACAGAUUUUCUGAUGAAAGCAGAAGGUUUCUUCUGAACAUGGCUUUGGAAAUCACUUAUGCUGAAGUGAGGUUCAAAAAUGGAUCCAACUCCUCAGGCACCAACUCAGAGUCUCCUGCAGCUCCCAAGGAAAGGACCACCCCUCACAAAAGUAAUCCCGGUUUUCCCAAGCUGUUUUGGGCCUCAUUGCUGAUACUUUUCCUGCUAUUGGCAAUCUCAUUCUUUAUUGCUUUUAUCAUUUUCUUUCAAAAAUCUUCUCAGCUUCCUGAAGAAAAAAAUACUACAAAACAGCCAAUUCAUACAGCAUUGGAGUGUGUGAAAAAAAAUUUGACCAUGGCAGAAAAAGUCUGGAGCUGCUGCCCCAAGAACUGGAAGUCAUUUAGUUCCAAAUGCUACUUUAUUGCUACUGACUCAAAAUCUUGGAAUGAGAGUGAGAAGAACUGCUCUAGAAUGGAGGCUCACUUGCUGGUGAUCAACACCAAGGACGAGCAGGAUUUCAUCACCCGGAAUCUAGAUAAACAGUCUGCUUAUUUUGUGGGGCUGUCAGAUCCGGAGGGUCAGGGACGUUGGCAAUGGGUCGAUCAGACGCCAUACAACAAAAGUGCCACAUUCUGGCAUCCGGGUGAGCCCAGUAAUGGCAAUGAGCGUUGUGUUGUACUACAAACUCGCUCUUCAUCAUGGGGCUGGAAUGACAUUCCUUGUGUUGAGUCUCAAAGGUCAGUUUGUGAGAUGACGAACAUCUACUUAUGAACUGAACAUUCUCCAUGGACGUGUGGUUGGAUUGGCAUCCAUCAUUAUAGAGAUAGAUAAUAAGCUCUUUAUUUAUGUGUAAGGGAGUUCCACAGAAUUUUAGGCAGCCAGGCAGCUAUUUCACUCAUGACAGAACUGGUGCAUACAUUUAUUCAUUCAUUCAUAAAAUGAGCAUUUAUUGGGCAUUUUCAUGUUCCAGAGACUAUACUGGAGACCCCUUUUGUGUACACAUGAAGGGAACAUGAGCCUGUCUCCUAACUUCUGUCUGACUGCUUAGGGACUAUUUACUGAUAUAAUUAUAUGAUGUGGUUUUUUUCUGCCUGAGUGUUCUUUCCCCCCCGCCCAGCUUUAUGGAUGUACAAUUGACAAAUAAAAUUGUAUAUAUUAAGGUGUA